CGGAAUCAAAGUUAUUCCAUUCCGACAGUCCGCCCACCAAAAAUCCACGAUCUUCAGCCUCAUCUCGAUAAGACUCAACCCCUCUCUGAAUUCGACUUGCGACAAACAACAUCGUCGCCAUGUUGAAAGGAAGAAGCAAAAGCUUUGCUCCUAAGAGCGUCCCCCGCGCGCCAAAGAGAAAGGCCCAAGAUGACGCACAGGAACCUCCUGCGAAACGAGUAUCCAUGACUCCAGACCGACCUUCCGAAUCAACGCCUGAAGUACAACAAGUUGACAAUCCACUUCCUACUCCCAGUAGUAGUGCAGCAGUUGUGCAAGAGACAUCAUCGGGGGUGAGUGCUGCCAUCACGAACACACCAGCAAGAGAGCCGUCGCCUGCGAAUCAUACCCCAGAUUCACAACGAGCUGCACAGCAUAUACCAGCAAUCGAGACUGUCGCCAGCAACAAUGCGCCAGCGAUAGAAUCUUCUUCUAUAAACAAUGCUCCACCGGUAUCUCGCAGUGUCGUUUCGGCAGAAAGCACGAACGAGGAAGCAUCCCAAGCUUCGAGGGUCGUAGCGCAAUCGCAGGCUCCAGAAGGACCAAUCCUAGCAUCUAUCGAGACCAAUAACAGACCACAAUCGCGAUCUCCUUCACCAGCUCACAAUGCAUCUCAUGAUGGCGGAAACUAUCGAUAUCCUUCUCCGGAGAACAUCGCUCGUAUUGUCGAGUCAGAACCGUCAGGAACUCCAGCGAAUAUGGGUCCACCUGGGGGUCAAUUGGGUGCUGCGGGAGAUGUUGCUGCCAUCGUCAGGACUGGAGAAAUAGUGCAAAUGGCCGUGUUGAAUCCUGAUGGUACAACGGGCGGCAUUGUCGAAGAACCUGCGUCAGGUACAGAGAAAGGGAAGAAGAAGCGAAAGGUUGUGAGGCGCAGAAAGGUUCAGACGGCAGAAGAUGAUGGCGACGACAACAGAGCUACGAUUGACAUGGGAUUGUCAAAGGCAAAGCGACAGACAGGCAAGCGAUCAAAGAGGAAGGACGCGGACAAGAAAAAGCAAAGAGAAGAGACGCCCUCAGACGCCGAAGACGAGAAAAUCGAUCCAACCACGUUGAGGAUGACAGACCUGUGCAAAGAUCUACGCAUUGGCAAAAAAUUCAGCCUGCAUGAUGUGAUCAAGCAGCGAGUCAUCAAGAAGAAGCUGGAAGUCCAGAGGAAUCGCUUACGAGAGAAUCAUCCUGAGCUGGUUACUAUUUUAGAUGCUGAGGAUGAGGACGAUGAGGCUAGACUGGUAGCGGCCAGACAGGUAGCAGCAGCAGGUCCUUCCGGAACUAAUGCGGAGUCGAACUCAGAGGACGCAGCCCAGACUCCAGCACAGGAAGCAACUACCGAACCUGAAGGAACAAGUUCCCUUCAGUAUAGGCUUGUUGAUGGAAACAUCGUUGUCGAUGAACAAUCACUCGUGGUCAACCGUCAACGAGAAGCUCAGGCGGCACAUGCUGAAAUGGAGGAAGUUGAAGAAAAUGACUUUACUAGAGUCAUCACUUCUGCCACUUUUAUGAAGCGCGAGAAGUCCAACGCCUGGGAUGCCUUGGCCACCGAUCAAUUCUACAAAGCCCUCAGCCAGUAUGGAACCGACUUCGAAACCAUCGCCAAGCUGUUCCCUCACCGAAAUAGACGCCAGAUCAAGCUGAAGUUCAAUAACGAGGAGAGAAAGAACCCGGCGAAAAUCACCAGGUACUUAACUCAGCCGAAGAAAGCCAUGGAUAAAGAACAAUUCGAGAGGCUGUCUGGUAUUAAGCUAGAGACUGUGGAAGAAAUCAAGAAGGAGCAGGAUCGCUUAGACGCUGAACAUGAAGCCAGUCUAGCUAAGGUACUUGAGGACCUUGCAGCAACUGAUAGAGCGAAGAAGGCAGAAAUUGCGAAGACAAGCGAGAAGAGAGAGGCUGCUAGACGAGCACUGAAUAGCGUUGGAGACGAUAGUGAGGAGGACGAAGCACCAGGUAGAGCAGGAGAAAGUAGUAAAGAGAACGCGGCUCCCGUUGUGGCUGCAUCUACGACAGCAAAGGGCAAGAAAAAAGCUGCACCAAAGAAGCCAAGACGAAACAAGCAUUCAAACGAAGCUGGUGGGGAGGAGGUUGUCGUUCUAGGUACAAUUGAGUAGGGUAUUGGCGUUUGGCUUGCAGUCACUUUCGCCUGAUCCAGUCUCCAUUUACAGGAACAACAUGAGUUCUCAUUACAAAGCGCCUCACAGCAUCCAGCAGAAAGGAGUAGAUCGCAGAUGUGCCGUUUGGUGCGAGAACAUGUCAGAAUAGAUGCCAGCAGUUACAGAAACCUGCUCCACGGCUUAGAGCUGCUUGAUACCCAAUAAAG